AAAAAGAAAAAACCCCAAAAAUAUAAAUAAUUUAUGUUUUUUCUUUAAUAAAUUGCCAAAUCAUAUAAAAAAUAUUGAAUUAACAUAAUCGUAUAUAUAAAACAAUGGCCUGUGAGGUGAAAACAUUCGCUAGCAUAAAAGAUUUUCACAAAGUCCAAGAAUUUUUUGGUUUAACACACGAUGAAAGCUGGUUAAAUGCUGUUCAAUAUGCCAUCUCACCAACUAGCGAGCUAAUCGCUCUCGCUUUGGGUGAAAAAUUGGCGCUUCUUUCAUCUCAAUGGGACAACAAAAGUCAAUUGGCCACCUUCGCUCCAAGUUGGUCUGGCGAAAUUGUCAAUCAAAAUGAAAUUAUAACUUCUGUUAUUUGUUUGCCAAUGUAUGGGAAAAAUGUCAGCUCUGGCGCUGAAUGGACUUGCGUUGCAGUGGGAUUGUCUUCGGGUUUUGUUAAUUUUUACACUGAAACUGGCAUUAAACUGUUUUCACAGCAAUGUCAUGAUAGCGCUGUUUAUGGCAUUAAAUCUCUUUACAAACGUGCCUCCGAAGAGUCACAUCUUUAUAUUCUCUAUGACAUUGGUGUUUGUAUAUUCAAAGGUGAUGAUUUGUUUCCAUUCCUUGUCAGUAAGAAAAAUCAUCUCGGUCAUAAUACUGAGCCUGCUUAUGGCAGUAAAUACUUCGGGGAUCUAGAGUCUCCCGAAAUGAUUCCAUAUCAGAAAUUCAAAUACCCUAAAGACCGCGAAUGUGUCAUUAAUGAUACUGUUGUAGCGGGGCCAGUUAAACCUCGUACUUUUGACCACAUCGUCCAACAGAGUUUGAGUUCGGGUGUCUUUGCUAAAGUCGGAGACUUUCCUACACAAAGUUCACUCGUUUUGGGAGUUGGAACUGAACCAUUUCUGGGUCUCUACUAUGCCGAAGAGGGCUAUAAGACGAUAUCUGUUGGUGAUGUAGCCAAAGAUGUCCUCGGAAUGGUUUACAAAAACGUUCUGGGAGGAUUUUUUAGUUCAAAACCAGCUCCAAAUACACCCGAGGAGCAACCAGCUGGGAAAGAGACUUCCAUGCGAUCAGGAAGUAAGAUUUAUGAUGGAAAACGAGAUGGUUUCAGUAUUUGGAUUGCCCCUGGGAAUCAGCUAGCUGUGAUAGCUGAUAACCUGGAUCGGGUAAUCCUAAUAGACUGUCGAAGAGGGGUGGCUCUUCGGGUUUGGAAGGGCUAUCGAGAUGCCCAAUGUGCCUUUGUCAAGGUGAAAGAGAAAACUCUGAAAGGAGAUAAAAGUGAUCGUAGAAGAGCACUUUUCCUUAUUAUCUAUGCACCACGAAUGGGCUGCCUUGAGAUUUGGGGCAUGCAAAAUGGACCCAAAGUAGCUGCCUUUACAGUUAGUAAAAAUGGAAUGCUAGCCUAUACCACCCAUGGUUUGAUGGGUGUUGCCACGGGAGCUAGAUGUAAAGCUACAAUUAAUUCGUGUCUCUUUCUUGAUCCCUCUGAUCAGAGUCUCAAGGAGAUAACAAUUCCAUUCCAUUUUGCACUGCGUGAAGCAAAUUCCAAAACUGCCAGAGAUAUCCAUUUGGUUAGACGAUUAAAAACUCUUUUGCGUGAAGAUCCUGACAAUUGCAACCGUGAAACAGUUAGCGAGAUUUGCUGUGAUUUUCAAACAGAUGAAGUUCGUCUGCAAUGUCUUGAGAUGAUGACAAAAAAUAAGAAAAUGCCACCAGAGUUUUUUGCAGCUCUUGUUCAUUCUUUUACUUCAGAAUCAAAUGAGAAACUUAAACAACUCCUUGAGUUCUAUCGAAGACUUACGGAUUUUUACAUUGCCAUGAGGAAUCCACCCAAAGAAGAAGAGAAAACUUAUGAGACACUUUCUUUGUCGGACAAUGAUUUGGAAACAAUUGAACAGAUUAUGGAACUUUUGGCAGAUCGACCAUCAUCAAACGCACAAGCAACACAAUCGAAAGUUACUUUUCAGGUUAAACAUCAGCAAGAUGGAGAGUUUGUGGAAUAUUUGAGGGUGUUUAAUUCAAAUGAUGGUCAACCUCAAUUGAAUCAUGAUAAGAGUGCUCUUUUUGGAUGCAUUAGUGAGAAUUUAUUUAGGAAUUGUUUUAAAGGUCGAUUUUGUGAACAACAUUUCAAAGAAGCUGCUGAAGCAUCAGAACUCUCGAGUGAAGAUUUAAUUGUAUUGGCAUUGAAUUUUUGGUUGGAAAAGACAUUUAACUAUAAUUCAAGGGAAGAAAUAAUAAACGAUAUGAUGCAUUUGGGAACAAUUGUUCAUGCUAUAUGUGAUUUAGCAGGAGAUAAGGUGAAAAGUUUUACAUACAAUUCGAUCUGUCCGUGGUGGCAAGCUGUAAGGGAAUUACUUUUGGAAAGUCCACGAUCAUUGAGUUUGAUGGUUGCAAUUGUUUGUAGAACUGUUGCAAAGACUAUAAGGAGAUCACAAAAUGAUGGUUCAUGUGAAGAAGGUGAAGAAGAAGUUUGGGAACAAAUUUCACAGGAUGAAGCACAAUGGUCAUUAUUAAUUGGAAAACUCGAUGAUAUUGCGGUUUUGGGAGCAAUCUUAGAAUCUCCCAUGCUCAGCUUGGAUCCAACAAUGACAGAAUUACCUUACGAAACACCUGAUUGCAGUCUUAAAGCAAUAGUUACCAAAGGCAAAGGAGUUGUAUCUGAUUUAGCAACUAAAUGGCUUCUCUAUUCUCGAAUUCAUCCGACAAAAAUUCUAGAACGUGAAGAUUCUGCCGAUCAAGACGAUGAACCCGUGCCAAAGCGUUUGCAAGUUCUACGUCGUCAUUUUCCCUUUAGCUUGGAAUCUGGUGUAAUUCUAAGUUUAAUGUCAUGGGAAUAUAUGGUACAUUGGAGCAAGGAUCUUCAAAGCUUAGACCAUAUGAGGGCUAGUCUGAUUUGUUUGGGCACUUUCAAAGAACCCGAUUACGCCCUCAAGCACGGCAUGUGCUGCAUGAUUUGGAAUGCAACCAUCAAAUACCCUCUGCAAUCGACAAUGAAAAUGAUCCAAAAAGCCGGACGCGUUCCAGAUGAUAAAAUCUGUCAACAAGAAGUCGGAAUCGGUGCAAGUUUAGUUGCCGAUUUUCUUGAUCUUUGUCUGGAAUUUUUAAUGCACUUUGAUAUUUCCAUGAGUCAUCGGAAGAGAGAGUUGAAAUUUGAAGAAAUUCUUUCUGAUGGUCAGUUGCCACUGCACUACAUCGCUCUACAACGGAAUCAUGCUAUUCAAGAGAUUCUCCAGUUACACAUCGAAUUGAGUAGAGUUUUGCAGUUUAUUGUCUUCUUUCAAAUGAAAUUUUCAAAACCCAUUACAACUUUGUUCGAUGCCAUGGCCAAUAAGACAUUUUUUGUGGAAAUAAAUAAAGAACUGCCCUACGUAUUGCCAGAGGCGGAUAUGGUUCUUCAGAAGCAUCGUGAGGAUUUUCUUUGUCGGGUGGUUACGGCUUCGAUGGAUUUGAUUCGGGAAGAUCUCGAGCGAUUGUAUGUCGUGGAGCACACUUGUUGGAUGGAAAAGGUUUAUGAGUUGGCUGAGCUGUGGAAGCUUGAAAGAACUGGUAUCAAACGGCAUCAGAUUGUUGAAAUGUAUGCCCAUGGAUGGGACUCGUAUGCCAAUGAUCUUUUACGUGACAUGGUCGAUGACAUGGAAAUGGGUAAACUGCUUGUUGAAAUUGCCGGUCGUCGAAUGAAUCUCUUUGCCAAGACAUCAGGUGAACGUUUUUCAAAAAUUGCAUCCGUUGGGCAACAGCUGUUAAAUUACCUCGACAAUUUAAACGAUAACAAAUCGAAAGGCAUUCAGAUUACAGCAACCAGCCCUGAUGAAAUUGAUCUGAUUUCAUUAACCAAACUUACCACUGUUGCCUAUGAAUGUUUGUCAAAGAAAGAGAGUAAAUAUUUGCACAUAGCUGGGCAAAUGUUUGAUGCCUGCAGUGUAUUGCAGGAAUAGGACAUACAAUUUUUGUUCGUAUUUUUCCUUUUAAUUUUUCUUCUUUUUUUUUGUUUUAUUUUUUUUUUAGAAUUAAGAAGAAAAUCAUAUUAUUAUAAUAUUUUAUCAAUUUGUAUAGCAUGUGAUAUCGUCAGUUGUGGCAAGUAAAAAAAAUAUAGAUACCAAGAAUCCCAACAUCUUGCUGCCACAAAUAAAUGUUCGAAACUCAA